CCCUCCCAUCCUCCUCUCCUCCACAGUCGUGUUUACUCUAGAUGAGAUAGGCCGUAUAAAUUCCUCGAGUGUGCGCAGAUCGCAUCCAAAGAGAAGACUGGAAAAGAAGAAGGAGGAGGUGGAGGAGCAGGAAAACAAGCGAACCUAAGGGAGCCGAGCUGUAUCUGUGUUUACUGCUCACUGGAAUAAACGCAGGAGAAGACGCAGGCUUCUGGUCAGCCAGGGCGGAGAAACAUCGGUGGAUGCAGAGAGAAGGAGGAGGAGUGAGCGCGGAUGCUGACAAAAAAAAAACAGAAAGAGAGAAUUAUAAGGUGGUUGUUCUUCGAAUCAAUCCUAAACUAUAAGGUGGAAUAAGCGGUGCAGUCACCAGCGAUGGACUUCAGCUGUCGGCACUGAGGCUUCCAGUUCUCUAGUUGAUCUGAUGACCAAAGGCCCUCAUGGCGCUUAUUCAUGAAUCUCGUGCCCCAUCUCCUUCUCUCUCCGGCUUCAACACACCCCUCUCUGAUCCUCCAUCCUUUCGCCGCUUCGAUGCCGAAACACCCUGCACCCCAGAAAUGGACCUUACCCCGACCCAGUGCGUCCUACGCAACGUCCUCUCCAUGGACACCGGAGGUGCUGUCGAGCCCGGGGGUGGAGGAGGAGAAGGACAUAGCGCCGGUCACAACCACACACCAGGCGAAGAACAACAGGAGCACUUUGCCAACAGUGUCCUGAAGCUCCACGAGCAUGACAGGAGUCCAGGACGGACGGAGGGAGAGGGGCAGGAGAUGGAUAGCAGUGUGGUCAGGAGCCAGGCCGAUGCCGCCAGGCUACAGUGCCAGUCUACCGGAGGGGGAGGAGGGUUUCUGGAGGGGUUGUUUGGGUGUCUGCGGCCUGUCUGGACUAUGAUUGGCAAAGCUUACUCCACAGAGCACAAACACGGCUUGGAUGAGGCGUGGGAGAUCCCAUUCGAGGAGAUAUCUGACCUGCAGUGGGUGGGCAGCGGAGCCCAGGGAGCCGUCUUUCUGGGAAAACUGCACGGACAGGAAGUGGCUGUAAAGAAAGUGCGAAAUAUCAAAGAGACAGACAUCAAGAACCUGCGCAAGCUCAAACACCCCAACAUCAUCACUUUCAAAGGUAUUUGUACCCAGGCUCCAUGCUACUGCAUCAUCAUGGAGUACUGUGCCCAGGGACAGCUGUAUGAGGUGCUGAGAGCAGGCAGGAAGAUCCACCCAUCCCUGCUCAUGGACUGGGCCAUGGGCAUCGCUGGGGGCAUGAACUAUCUUCACCUCCACAAGAUCAUCCACAGAGACCUCAAGUCACCAAACAUGCUGAUCACUUACGAUGACGCAGUGAAGAUUUCUGAUUUUGGCACAUCCAAGGAGCUCAGUGACAAGAGCACCAAGAUGUCCUUUGCCGGUACAGUGGCCUGGAUGGCUCCUGAGGUCAUACGCAACGAACCUGUCUCAGAGAAAGUGGAUAUUUGGUCAUUCGGUGUCGUGCUGUGGGAGAUGCUGACAGGAGAGGUGCCCUAUAAGGACGUGGACUCCUCCGCUAUCAUCUGGGGAGUGGGCAACAACAGUCUACAUCUGCCUGUACCCGAUAGCUGUCCAGACAGCUUCAAAUUACUCCUGAGGCAAUGCUGGAACUGCAAGCCCAGAAACAGGCCUUCCUUCCGACAGAUCCUCCUACACCUGGACAUCGCCUCAGCAGAUAUCCUGUCCACUCCACAAGAAACCUAUUUUCAAUCUCAGGCGGAGUGGCGGGACGAGGUGAGGCACCACUUUGAGCAGAUCAAGUCUGAGGGGACGUGUAUUCACAGGCUGGACGAGGAGCUGAUCAAACGACGCAGAGAAGAACUCAGACAUGCGCUCGACAUCCGGGAGCACUACGAGAGGAAACUGGAGAGAGCCAAUAAUCUGUACAUGGAGCUCAACGCCAUCAUGCUGCAGCUGGAGAUCAAAGAGAAAGAACUGCACAAGAGGGAGCAGUCACUGGACAAGAAGUACCCGGGCUGCUUCAAGCACCACAGCUCCAGACAGUCGGCCUCCACCAACUCCAUGGAGAAACUCAUGAAGAAACGCAACGUACCUCAGAAGCUGCCUUCACACAGCAAGAGGCCCGACCUAUUAAAGUCAGAGGUCAUCCUCCCCAAACUGGACUCUUCCAUGACCCAGGUCACAAUCCCAAACAAGGGCUCUACCUCCCCCGGACGUUCACGGCGUGGAAAACCCCGCUACAGGAAGGCUGGUAAAGGCAGCAGUGGGGACUUGGCUCAGCUUAAAGCCACUCUCUCCUCUUCACUAGCCAUAGUCAACUCCACCUCAUCUGUUCCCAGCAGCAAGCAGCAUUUAGACCCCAGUGCAGCCCUCAGGGGCCUGCAGCAUGAUCUGCUGCUGAAGAAGAUGUACUCCUCAAGCCCAGAUCUCAUUUCAACCACCUUGGAGGCUGAAGACCGGAGGAAGGGGGAGAUCAGGCCGGGGCUGGACAGAGCGGGCAGCCAGAGCGCCUCAGCCGGGCUGGGGGAGAGUAGAAGUACUGCAGGGCCUGAGGAGGGGCCAGAUGUGGGUGUAGGGACCGAUGAUCUGGCAGAAACACCUCCACGCAGUGACACGCCCAGCGAGGAUGCAGCUUCCAUCCCGUUCUCCAGUAGCCCAGACUCACCUUGCGGCAGGGGAGCAGCUGCAGGGAGGGCGUCUGUGCUUGGGAACCCCCGCGUUUCCCACGAGGGUGAGGAGAAGGAGGACGGGACGGUGGUCACACGCUCACCCAGAAGUCAACGCCUCACUCCUGCGGCACUGCUCUACAGGGCAGCAGUCACACGCAGUCAGAGACGCGGAGUGUCGUCGGAGGAAGAGGAAGGAGAAGUGGACAGUGAAGUGGAGUUGCCAAGGCGACGGCGUCCCAUGAGCAUGAGCAAGUGCCAGUCCCUGUCCACCUUCAGCUCAGAGAACUUGUCGGUCUCGGACGGCGAGGAGGGAAACACCACCGACCACUCCCACAGCGGCACACCGGACGUGGUUAGCACCAACACCGACGAGCGUCUGGACGACAAGAGCGACGACCUGCUGUCUCAGGGCUCGGAGAUUCUCGCCGACCCGUCUGAAACAACCCAGCUGGGCUCCGACGGGCUGUCUGAGAAGGAAGCUAUUCUUCGACAAGUCAAGACCCAGCUCGCCAGUAAUGAUCAUAAUUAUGAGGGCCUGUAUGAUGACUCGGACUGUGACAGUGCAGAGCUGGACCAUUCAGGCAGUGCAGAACCCAGCCAACCUCCAGCCAGCUGGUGAAAAUAUGACACGUCAACCCACUCCAACUCCUGCAGAUCUGGCCUGCGAAUGUCUCUUUCACCCUAACAGACCUUCGAAUAUACGGAGUCAUGAUCAGGGACAUUGCUGAGAGGCAGGAAAUGAAGGAGCGUCUCUGUCAACACAAACAAGAACCCCAAACAAACCCAUGGUAAGUGUUCUCAAAAAACCUGAUAUCCUACGGGGGGGACAAAACAGAAAAUCCCUUUUUAAUUUGAGAUAAAUGCGUCGCGGUGAUGUGAAACUGAUUUGGGACACUAGCCGAGCUGACAGAGCAAUAGUGGCCAUAGCAACCGGCCCAAUAUCAGCAUUGCAAAAACACCUCAACAGCAGAGGCCUCGGUCAAAGAAGCCAUCCACACGACUAUACGUCUAUUAUUGUCUCUUUUCAUCUUCCAUGUCGAUUUGUAUUUUUAUCUCCGUCUCUGAAAAUGUGUCAUGUUAUUUCAUAUCAUGCAGCGAGAACAUGAUUAUAAGAUCCUAUCAGGGUGCCAUGAUAUUUUAAUGUUUUGUCAACAUCACUGGGACAUACACUGAUGUUGCUCGCUCGCACUUAAUUUAUGAACUGUACUGAUUUACUCGUGAUCAUUGUGUCAUAUCAAUAUCUCUCACCACGUUACGCACUGACUAAUUUAUUGUUGUUUUGCAGUGAAUUCAUUGACAUUCUUAAAACAAUGUUUACGUUUUUCAUUUGUGUCGUUUACUUUUUCUUUUUUUUACCUUUGUGUCCUGGAUUAUGUUUUUCUGUUUUUUACUCCUGUGUUUUAAUAUAUAUGUAAAUAUGUGAUGUUGUAAAAUGAACAAAUUUUAAAAAUGUGAGAUUGUAUAAUUUAAAGGUGCUGAUGUUUCUAAUUAGGUGGCGCUAAUCUAUUUGAACCUCAAAAGGCUUAUGGUAGUAGAAUGUACUGUAGCUGCUGUUCAUGUCUGAGCAUCAAAACACAGAAGAAGAAACAAAAAAAGAGGAACAUGUGAACAAAGCAAAAGCAAUAUGUCUGCUCUGGUACAGUAUGUCCUGUCACAGGUCAGAAGAACCACACUUCGUUCAGGGCAGAUGGGCUUUUUUAAAAUUAGUAUUGCAGUGUUUACUGUAUUAAAAGGCAAUACCAGUUUGAAAAUCCCCUACAGAGCAUCUAGGGGUGUAUAUAGCAUCAGAUCAGCAUGCUUGUGAUAAGAGCCUAUUCGUCACUGUUUACUGUGACUCCGAUCAAACUGAAACAUUGGAUCCAUCCACAGAGAAAACAAUGCAACAAAAGACUGCAGAUUUCUGGCAGACAUUUUAAGACUGGAGGCAUAUGGAUGACAGGGACACAAAACACUAAAAUAGAUCUCAGAAUAACUGGGAAAUAUGAUUACAUUCAUGGUUGUCUGUUCUCUCUCAGUUCGGACUUUGCCAGACUUGUGGGCACACUGUGUUUGCAGUGUACCAGCACAGAAGAGAGUUUUUCAUCGUUUUGGUAAGAAUUAGCAAUGUGGUUAAUUUACCAAACAUCCUUUCAUUCUAGUAUUGUUUUGGUAAGUAAAAUCACAAAACAAUCGCAGGCUUGUGUGUGGCAGAAAAUGACACUAAUUACCUUUUUAGCUUACUCAAUAUUGCAGAGAAAUGUAGACCCCAAUUUAGCCGUUUUUCUGUCCACUUAUAAAAUCAGUGUGCACCGCAUGUGAUAUCAUGAUUUGGCCACUUCUACUUACUGCUUUCCCAAAGCAUAGCAAAUUAAUUUAGAUGUUGAAAUUUUACAAUCCCAUAUUGUUCAUUUGGUUUACACACAGAUCACCGCCAUUGUCCGCACUCGCUGAAAUUUUGGCCAACAGAUGGUCAUUUUUCAGUCAUGAGCAAGAGCGCCUUCCUAACAGACGAUAUGAUAAACUUGUUUUGAUGUACUCGUGUCCCUUGACUAGCCUUCUUGCAUGCAUGUGGUUCAAUUUGACUGUAAAACAGCACAUUGCAUCCUGUUCCAUUAAUGUAUAACUGAUCAGGUCCCACUCAAUAAGCUAGAAAUGGCAGCUUGUUUUUGUUUUUUUAUCUGGUGAUAAGUUUUAAACUUUCAAUUUGUAGAGCAUUAUAAAAAGAGAUUGUGCCCCCAAGAUUUAAAGCUAGAAAUCCUCCUGCAGGAUAAAAUGUUGCCAAAAAGCAAAGCUACUGCCCUCUAGUGUCUCGAUUGUGGAGGUACUUGUUCCCCAUGAUGCUGAUUUAAACAACCCUGUAUGAACUGAAACGUUUGCUUUUUAUAUUAUUGUAACUGUACAAUAAAUAUAUUUAAGAAACAAUUUAAAAUAAAAUCAAACCUGUAAAAUCUCA